UUUUGUUUUAAUGAUAUGUCAUUUUUUUUACUGGAUGUGUCGAAAGAUACUGUCUUGGGUUCGUGCCCAUACAAAAAUUUCUCUUAUUUCUUUCUCUCUCUGGGUGUCUAGCAAUUGAGUGUUUUCACCAAACAAUUAUCCUAGGAAACACUCUCUCACCUCAUCUCACGUUGUCUAAGGCUCACUAGUAUUUAUUAUUUAAGCUCGUUUGGGCAAAUGAUGAGUUGACACACACAGAGUUAAGAAGAAGAUCAUGUGGAAGCUGAAGGUAGCAGAUGGUGGCAAGAAUCCUUACAUAUUCAGCAUCAACAACUUCGUGGGAAGGCAGACAUGGGAGUAUGAUCCUGAUGCAGGUACUCCUGAGGAACGAGCUCAGGUUGAAGAAGCUCGUCAGGAUUUCUAUAACAACCGCUACAAGGUCAAGACUUGUGGCGACCGACUUUGGCGGUUUCAGGUUAUGAGGGAAAAUAACUUCAAACAAACAAUACCGAGUGUGAAGAUAGAGGAUGGAGAGAAGGUAACAUACGAUAAAGUGACAACAACUGUGAGAAGGGCCGCACAUCACCUAGCAGGAUUACAGACCAGUGAUGGCCAUUGGCCUGCUCAAAUUGCUGGUCCUCUGCUUUUCACGCCUCCCUUGAUCUUUUGUAUGUACAUAACAGGUCAUCUUGAUUCUGUAUUCCCAGAAGUGUACCGCAAAGAGAUUCUUCGUUACACAUACGUUCAUCAGAAUGAAGAUGGAGGGUGGGGACUACACAUAGAGGGUCAUAGCACCAUGUUUUGUACUGUACUCAACUACAUAUGCAUGCGAAUACUUGGAGAAGGACCUGAUGGAGGUCAAGACAAUGCUUGUGCAAGAGCAAGAAAAUGGAUUCAUGAUCAUGGGGGCGCGACACACAUAGCUUCUUGGGGGAAGACAUGGCUUUCGAUACUUGGUAUAUUUGAUUGGAGCGGAACCAAUCCAAUGCCUCCAGAAUUUUGGAUCCUUCCUUCAUUUCUUCCUAUGCAUCCAGCUAAAAUGUGGUGUUAUUGCCGAUUGGUGUACAUGCCUAUGUCUUACUUGUAUGGGAAGAGAUUUGUGGGUCCAAUAACACCACUCAUCUUACAGUUGAGAGAAGAACUCUUUACUCAACCUUAUGAAAAAGUUAAUUGGAAGAAGGCACGUCAUCAAUGUGCAAAGGAAGAUCUUUACUAUCCCAAUCCUUUGAUACAAGAUCUGAUAUGGGAUAGUUUAUACUUAUUCACUGAGCCAUUCUUGACUCGUUGGCCUUUCAACAAGCUGAUCAGAGAAAGAGCCCUUCAAGUAACAAUGAAACAUAUCCAUUAUGAAGAUCAUAAUAGUCGAUACAUUACCAUUGGGUGCGUGGAAAAGGUUUUAUGCAUGCUUGCUUGUUGGGUGGAAGAUCCGAACGGAAUUGCUUUCAAGAGACAUCUUGCCAGGGUCCCGGAUUACUUGUGGCUUGCAGAAGAUGGAAUGUGCAUGCAGAGUUUUGGUAGCCAAGAAUGGGAUGCUGGUUUCGCUGUUCAAGCUCUGCUUUCUACUAACCUAAUUGACGAACUCGGUCCCGCACUUGCAAAAGGACAUGAUUUUAUCAAGAAUUCUCAGGUUAAGGACAACCCUUCAGGAGAUUUUAAGAGUAUGCAUCGCCAUAUUUCCAAAGGAGCAUGGACCUUUUCUGAUCAAGACCAUGGAUGGCAAGUUUCUGAUUGCACUGCAGAAGGUUUUAAGUGUUGUCUACUUUUGUCAAUGUUGCCUCCAGAGAUUGUAGGGGAAAAGAUAGAGCCUGAAAGGUUAUUCGAUACUGUCAAUCUCCUAUUGUCACUUCAGAGUAAAAAGGGUGGUUUUGCAGUAUGGGAGCCAGCAGGAGCUCAGGAGUGGCUGGAACUACUCAAUCCUAUAGAAUUUUUUGAGGACAUUGUAAUUGAGCAUGAAUUGGUUGAGUGCACUGGAUCAGCAAUUGGAGCCUUAGUUUUGUUCAAGAAUCAUUAUCCAGAGCAUAGAAAGAAAGAGAUCGAGGAUUGCAUUGCUAAUGCAGUUCGUUACUUUGAAGAUAUACAAACAGCAGAUGGUUCUUGGUAUGGAAAUGCAGGAAUUUGCUUCAUUUAUGGUACUUGGUUUGCACUUGGUGGUCUAGAAGCAGCUGGCAAAACUUAUGCCAAUUGUGCUGCCAUUCGCAAAGGUGUUAAAUUUCUACUCACGACACAAUCAAAGGAUGGUGGGUGGGGAGAGAGUUAUCUAUCAUGCCCAAAAAAGAUAUAUGUACCUCUUGAAGGAAACCGAUCAAAUGUUGUACAGACAGCAUGGGCUCUUAUGGGUUUGAUUCAUGCUGGCCAGGCGGAGAGAGACCCUACUCCACUUCACCGUGCUGCAAAAUUGCUCAUCAAUUCUCAGCUUGAAGAUGGUGAUUGGCCCCAACAGGAUAUUACUGGAGUAUACGUGAAAAAUUGCACGCUGCAUUACCCAAUGUACAGAAAUAAUUUUACAACGAUGGCCCUAGCUGAAUAUCGUCGACGGGUUCCAUUACCAUCCAUUGCAGUUUAACUUGUAAAGAUAGCUGUGUGCACAAAAAGGCACAGCCACAUCAAUAGAUCAUGCAAAUAAAAUAAUCAAACAAGUUCUGCAGUUGACCUUGUACAAUUGUACUCUUAUUACUAUAGUAUGUAUUUAGUGUCGGUUUGUUGCCUGUUAAAUUUUUUAUUAAGUUGUUUUUAUUUCCAUAACACACUUUUUUAUCUUAUUGUUUUGCUUGAGGUAUAAAAUUGUGUUGUUCCUGCUCUACUACUUCUUUUAAUAAAAGCGAGAAGUUUCUACA